AAAUUAUAAAAUGCAUAUAACAAAAUCUAACUGCUUAUCCAUUUUUUUAAAUGUACAACUCAGAAAUAUUAAUAACAUUUAGAAUGUGUGCAACAAAUCUCCAAACUAUUUCCAUCUUGGAAAACUAAAACUCUGCUAACAUUGGACAGUAACUCCCAGUUCCUCCUCCUGCUGCACCUGGCAACUUCUCUUCUACUUUCUGUCUCUAUGAAUUCAACUACUCCAGAGCCUUAAAAAAAAAAAUCAUAUAGUGUUUGUUUUUUUGUGACUGGCUUAUUUCACUUGGCAUUAUGUCUGUCCGUGUUGUAGCAUGUGUGAGAAUUUCCUUCCUUUUUAAGGCUGAAUAAUUUCUAUUGCAUGUACAGACCAUAUUUUGUUUAUCCCUUUGACUGUUUAGGGUUUGGGUGGCACUGGGGUUAGAAUCCAUGUCCUCUACUGUUCCAAGAAUGCACUCAACCACUUAGCUGCCUUCCCAGCCCUAACCCUUUGUAGGUUGAUAGACACUUUGGUUGCUUUCAACUUUUUCCUCUUGUGAAUACUGCUGCCUGGAAGAUGAGUGUACAAAAUUAUAUUCCUUUUCUCUGCCUCUGUCUCUUUCUUUGUUUCACUCUAUGCUGCCCAUGCUGGUCUCCAACUGCUGGCCUCCAGGAAUUCUCCUGCUUCAGUUCCCUGAAUAGCUAAGGCUACAAGCAUACAUCACUGCACCUGGCUAAAAUUCCUAUAAAGUUGUUGUGUCAUUAACUUUUCCUCUAUGAGUCUGACCUCCUUAACCUGACUACAAAUUUUCUCAAGUAGGGACUGUAAAAUGAUGUUUUUUAAAAUUAGAUGUUGAUGACCUUUAUUUUAUUCAUUUAUUUAUAUGUUGUGCUGAAAAUCGAACCCAGUGCCUCACACAUGCUAGGCAAGCACUGAGCCACAACCCCAGCCCUCAAAUCAUGUAUUUGAAAGAGCUUCAUUAAUAUAAAAUUCCAAAUAAAUGUUGAUGAUUGCAAUCUCCUUUGCAUAAGAAUUCCAAAUAACUUAUGUGGAAUACUCCCCCCUCAAGGAGAUGUAGUGUGAUCCCCAUUUCCUUAAGAGUGGGAUUCACAUGAUGGCUUUGUUUUUAAAAAAUCAAACAGGAGGAUAAGGGAGAAACUUUACACAGAGUAACUUGAUAAACUUUUGGCCAAAGCUAGGUGAUGGAGGUCAAUAUCAGCAGUGGUAACUCGUGUUAAUAGUAUAUACCUUUGAUGUGAUGUCAUAAGAAUAGCAUUUUAUCUCUGUGGCCCCCUCCAACCUAUAACCUGUGUCUGACCAUGAGAAAAAUACUACCCAUACCCAAAGAAAAGGACAAAAUACUUGAUGACCUUAUAACUAUUAAGGUCAUUAAACAAACAAAAAAUAGCAUUCUCAGAGAUGGUCACAGUCCAGAGGCAUCUAAGGGACAUAUCCUGGAUGAGAUUCAGGAACAGAUGGAGGACAGUAGGUAAUACUAAGGAGAUUAAAAGAAAAAAAAAAAUCUGGGGCUGGGAUUGUAGCUCAGUGGUAGAGUGCUUACCUAGCAUAUGUGAGACACUGAGUUCAAUUCUCAGCACCGCAUAUAAAGAAAUAAAAAGAAGGUCCAUCAAAAACUAUUUUUUUUAAAUCUGUGGAAUCUAGUAAAGUACCAAUCAAUGUUGGUUUCUUAGUUACAAAAAUGUACCACUGUAAUAUUCACAUAGGGGAAAAGUGAGUGCAGGGUACACUGGAACUCUCUCUAAUACACUUUUCUGUGCAUCUAAAAUUACUCAAAAAGUUUAUUUUAAAAGAACAGUGUGGGCCAGGGAUGUGGCACAGUAGGUAGAGAACUUGCCUAGAGUGUGCUGAGACCUUAGGUUCAAUCCCCAGCAUAAGGGUGUGUUUGUGUGUGGAGGGGAUGGCCCUGCAAGUUGAAAAACAUUCAUGAUUAUUUUUACUAUUAUUUUAAAAGACUUUGUAUCUCAUGAAUACCAUGCAUGGAACCAUUGCACCUCUCCACCUGUAUUUCUUGGGAAUAAGGUUUUUAUUUAUUACUUCUCCUUGAGAUCUACUGUAUUGUAGACAAUUAAUGUUACUUAUAUUAAUAAGUAGGCUCUUUGUUGUAUUAGCUGAACAAAUUAAUGUGAAUACUCUGGAAAUUCAAGGAGUUUAUUCCCUGUGCUAGGAAAUUGAAGUAACAGAAAUAACUUUGGCAGGACUCUAGGAAAAUAGAACAAAGCCCCAAGGUUUAGCUACAGACACCAAACCAAUGUAAACAACUGUGACAUUUUUAAAAAUCCACAUUAUUUUAGGGGAAUAGAAAGAAAUUAGCAGUCAGUACUCUGAAUUAAAAAAAUUUAAUACAAUAACUUUAUUUAUUUAUUUUUAUGUGAUGCUGAGGAUCGAACCCACUGCCUCACAUGUGCCAGACCAUCAUUGAAUGUCUAAAGUAUAUUUGUACUGGAGAUUUCCCUCCUGGAACCAAAGGAAAUACAUUUGUUCAUGAUCCCAAGGUUGCUCAAGAAACAGAUGUGAGAGCCCAGAUUCGUUUGCAGUUUCGUGAUGUCAAUGGAGAACUUAUAGCUGUGCAGAGAUCUAUGGUGUGUAGUCAGAAAAGCAAAAAGACAGAAUUUAAAACCCUGGAAGGAGUCAUUACAAGAACAAAGCAUGGUGAAAAGGUCAGUCUCAGUUCUAAAUGUGCAGAAAUUGACAGAGAAAUGAUAAGUUCUCUUGGGGUUUCCAAAUCUGUGCUAAAUAAUGUCAUUUUCUGUCACCAAGAAGACUCUAAUUGGCCAUUAAGUGAAGGAAAGGCUCUGAAGCAAAAGUUUGAUGAAAUUUUUUCAGCAACAAGGUACAUUAAAGCUUUAGAGACGCUUCGUCAGGUACGUCAGACACAAGAUCAGAAAGUAAAAGAAUGUCAGACAGAGCUGAAAUAUCUGAAACAAAAUAAGGAAAAAGCUUGUGAAAUUCGUGAUCAGAUUACUAGUAAAGAAGCCCAGUUAACAUCUUCAAAGGAAAUUGUCAAAUCCUAUGAGAAUGAACUUGACCCACUGAAGAAUCGCCUAAAAGAAAUUGAACACAAUCUCUCUAAAAUUAUGAGACUUGAUAAUGAAAUUAAAGCCUUGGAUAGCCGAAAGAAACAAAUGGAAAAAGAUAAUAGUGAACUGGAACAGAAAAUGGAAAAGGUUUUUCAAGGGACUGAUGAACAACUAAAUGAUUUAUAUCAUAAUCAUCAGAGAACAGUAAGAGAGAAAGAAAGGAGAUUAGUAGACUGUCAGCGUGAAUUGGAAAAACUAAACAAAGAAUCUAGGCUUCUCAAUCAAGAAAAAUCAGAACUUCUUGUUGAACAGGGUCGUCUACAGCUACAAGCAGAUCGUCAUCAAGAACAUAUCCGAGCUAGAGACUCAUUAAUUCAGUCUUUGGCAACACAGCUAGAAUUGGAUGGCUUUGAGCGUGGACCAUUCAGUGAAAGACAGAUUAAAAAUUUUCACAAACUAGUGAGAGAGAGACAAGAAAGGGAAACAGAAACUGCCAACCAACUGAUGAAUGACUUUGCAGAAAAAGAAACUCUGAAACAGAGACAGAUAGAUGAGAUAAGGGAUAAGAAGACUGGACUGGGAAGAAUAAUUGAGCUAAAAUCAGAAAUCCUAAGUAAGAAGCAAAAUGAACUGAAAAAUGUGAAGUACGAAUUACAGCAGUUGGAAGGAUCAUCAGACAGGAUUCUUGAACUGGACCAGGAGCUCAAAAAAGCUGAACGUGAACUAAGCAAGGCUGAGAAAAAUUGCAAUGUAGAGACCCUAAAAACAGAAGUAAUAAACCUUCAAAAUGAGAAAGUAGACCUAGACAGGACCUUGCGUAAAUUGGACCAGGAGAUGGAGCAGUUAAAUCAUCAUACAACAACCCGUACCCAGAUGGAGAUGCUGACCAAGGACAAAGCUGACAAAGAUGAACAAAUCAGAAAAAUAAAAUCUAGGCACAGUGAAGAACUAACUUCAUUGUUGGGGUAUUUCCCCAACAAAAAGCAACUCGAAGACUGGCUUCAUAGUAAAUCAAAAGAAAUUAAUCAGACUAGGGACAGACUUGCUAAAUUGAACAAGGAACUAGCUUCAGCAGAGCAAAAUAAAAAUCAUAUAAAUAAUGAGCUGAGAAGAAAGGAGGAACAGUUGUCCAGUUAUGAAGACAAGCUGUUUGAUAUUUGUGGUAGCCAGGAUUUUGAAAGUGAUUUAGACAAGCUUAAAGAGGAAAUUGAAAAAUCCUCAAAACAGAGAGCCAUGCUGGCUGGAGCCACAGCAGUCUACUCCCAAUUCAUUACUCAGCUAACAGAUGAAAACCAGUCAUGUUGCCCCGUCUGUCAGAGAGUUUUUCAUACAGAGGCUGAAUUACAAGAAGUUAUCAGUGAUUUGCAGUCUAAGCUGAGGCUUGCUCCAGAUAAACUCAAGUCAACAGAAUCAGAGCUGAAGAAAAAAGAAAGGCGGCGUGAUGAAAUGCUGGGGCUUGUGCCCAUGAGGCAAAGCAUAAUUGAUUUGAAGGAGAAGGAAAUACCAGAAUUAAGAAACAAACUACAGAAUGUCAAUAGAGACAUACAGCGCCUAAAAAGUGACAUAGAAGAACAGGAAACACUUUUAGGUACAAUAAUACCUGAAGAAGAAAGUGCUAAAGUAUGUCUGACAGAUGUUACAAUUAUGGAGAGGUUCCAGAUGGAACUUAAAGAUGUUGAAAGAAAAAUUGCACAGCAAGCAGCUAAACUACAAGGAAUAGACUUAGAUCGAACUGUUCAACAAGUAAACCAGGAGAAACAAGAAAAACAACACAAAUUAGACACAGUUUCCAGCAAGAUCGAAUUGAAUCGUAAACUUAUACAGGACCAGCAGGAACAAAUUCAACUCCUAAAAAGUACAACAAAUGAUCUUAAAUCAGAGAAACUUCAGAUAUCCAGUAACUUGCAGCGUCGUCAGCAACUAGAGGAGCAGACUGUAGAAUUAUCCACUGAAGUUCAGUCUUUAUAUAGAGAGAUAAAGGAUGCUAAAGAGCAGAUAAAUCCUUUGGAAACAACACUGGAAAAGUUCCAGCAGGAAAAAGAAGAAUUAAUCAACAAAAAACAUACAAGCAACAAAAUAGCACAGGAUAAACUGAAUGAUAUCAAAGAGAAGAUUAAAAAUAUUCAUGGUUACAUGAAAGACAUUGAGAAUUAUAUUCAAGAUGGAAAAGAUGACUAUAAGAAGCAAAAAGAAAUUGAACUUAAUAAAGUAAUAGCUCAACUAAGUGAAUGUGACAAAAACAAAGAAAAGAUAAAUAAAGAAAUGGGAAUCAUGAGACAAGAUAUUGAUACACAAAAGAUACAAGAAAGAUGGCUACAGGACAACCUCACUUUAAGAAAAAGAAAUGAGGAACUAAAAGAAGUUGAAGAAGAAAGAAAACAACAUUUGAAGGAAAUGGGUCAAAUGCAGGUUUUACAAAUGAAAAAUGAACAUCAGAAGUUGGAAGAGAACAUAGACAAUAUAAAAAGAAAUCACAGUUUGGCACUGGGGCGACAGAAAGGUUACGAGGAAGAAAUUAUUCAUUUUAAGAAAGAACUUCGAGAACCUCAGUUUCGAGAUGCUGAGGAAAAAUAUAGAGAAAUGAUGAUUGUUAUGAGAACAACAGAGCUGGUAAACAAAGAUCUGGACAUUUAUUAUAAGACCCUUGACCAAGCAAUAAUGAAAUUUCACAGUAUGAAAAUGGAAGAAAUCAAUAAAAUUAUUCGUGAUCUUUGGCGAAGUACCUAUCGUGGACAAGAUAUUGAAUACAUAGAAAUACGAUCUGAUGCUGAUGAAAAUAUAUCAGCUUCUGAUAAAAGACGGAAUUAUAACUACCGAGUGGUGAUGCUGAAGGGAGACACAGCCUUGGACAUGCGAGGACGAUGCAGUGCCGGACAAAAGGUAUUGGCCUCACUCAUCAUUCGCUUGGCGCUGGCUGAAACUUUCUGCCUGAACUGUGGCAUCCUUGCCUUGGAUGAGCCAACAACAAAUCUUGACCGAGAAAACAUUGAAUCUCUUGCACACGCUCUGGUUGAGAUAAUAAAGAGCCGCUCCCAGCAGCGCAACUUCCAGCUUCUGAUAAUCACUCAUGAUGAAGAUUUUGUGGAGCUCUUAGGACGUUCUGAAUAUGUGGAGAAAUUCUACAGGAUUAAGAAGAACAUUGAUCAGUGCUCAGAGAUCGUGAAAUGCAAUGGCCAUGGGGGAGCAAUUCUGAAACUAUUAUGUACAGAUGCUUCAUCAUGUACAAUGGAGUUACAUCCCUCUAAAUCUAUCAUACGCUGAAAAUGUAAGUAAAAUGCACUUAUCUUCUGGGCACCGCGGCACACACCUAAAAUCCCAGUGGCUCAGGAGGCUGAGGCAGGAGGAUUGCAAGUUCAAAGCUAGCCUCAGCAACUUGUCAAGGCAUUUAGCAACUCAACGAGACCCUAUCUCUAAAUAAAAUAUAAAGAAGGGACUGGAGAUGUGGCUCAAUGGUUAAGCACCCCUGGGUUCAAUUAUCAGUACAAAAAAAAUGCAUUUAUCACCCCUAACCUACCAACGACCUAGCUUAGCAACCCAGUGUAGUUGCAUAGUAUUAGUUUUUUUCCCUUGAGAUCACUAGGCUGAUUGGGCUGAUUGCCACUGCCUAGCACUGUGACAGAGUAUCAUACAGCAUAUUGCUAGCCCCAGAAAAGUUCAGUUUAAAAUUCAAAAUGUGAAGUGUGGUUUCUAUCAAAUGCAUACUGCUUUCACACUAUAAAAUCAGACAAUCAUAAGUCAAACCAUCCUAAGUCAGGAUCUGUAUGUGCUAAAACAAUACACAUGUAUUUUGUAGAUAAUAAGAAUCCAGUGUUCUGAAUACAUGUAUAACAUAUAUUCAGUUAGUAAUCAGCUAAUUUAAAUAAUCAAAGAAAACCCAGGCUUCAUGGAUAAACUGAUGGUUUCUAUCAUAUUUAAAGAAUACCAUCAAUCCUUUAGAAUAAAAAGUUAAAAUCAAUUUCACUCCUGAGUAUAUAGCCCAAAGAAUCAAAAGUAGGGGGUCUCAAAAGAUAUAUGCACACCUUUGUUGAUAGCAGCAUAGAAACAGCUCACAUAUUCAUGGACAGAUGAAUAUUGGGUAUUCAUGUAAUGAAAUAUUGGCCUUAAAAAGGAAGGAAAUUCUAACAUAUGCUGCAAUGUUGAUGAACUUUGAGGACAUUAUGCUAAGUGAAAUAAGCCAGUCAGCCAAGGAAAAAUGCCAUUUUAUUUCAUAUAUAUGAGAUACCUAGAGUAGGUAAAUUCAUAGAGAUCAAAAUAAAAAGGGUGUUCACCAGGGGCUGAGAGAGGGGAGGAUGGGGGUUUGUUUAAUGGGCACAGUUUCUGUUUUGUAAGAUGGAAAGUUCUGGGAGACUGGUUACACAACACUGUGAGUGUACUUAAAAAUCUUGAACUAUACACUUGAAAAUGGUUUAGAUGGUAAGUUCUAUGGGUGUUCUACCACAACUUAAAGCUUUAAAGGAGACAGAACUAAGUACACACCAACACAGGCUGGUCUGCACACAUAUUCUACUUCUGUCCACUGAGGGUGCCUCAGUAAUAAUGAGCACACCUACUGCCCUAAUUAUGAUCUUGAUUUAACUUUUAUAUAAGGAAAUGAGGCUCCUUGGAGAAAUGGUUGAUUCUAGGGCUGUAGCGUGGAAAAAUACAAAAAGAGCCUGGAACACCUUGUGGUACCAUUGUGUGUGUGUGUGUGUGUGUGUGUGUGUGUUUUCCGAAGAAAAGGGUUUGUUCAGAGAACACAGGACCUCACCUGAAGUAAUGUCUUUGAGAAACAAAGACAGUAUGACAGUAUAACCCAUAGAGAGACAAAAACCUGUGAGCACAUACUGAUAUAACAAGUACUUAACCAAAGUGGGGAGAAGGAAAUUGAAAAACCACCAUCAGGCAAAUAACCACAGUAAAAGAAUCAUUGAUUGGUGCUAACAUUUAAGGAGAAAUGAUUUUAUAUAGUCUCAAACUAUCUCCCUCAAUAUAUUUAUUAACUAGAACAAGAGAAAGGUGUUAACUUUAUAGUGGAAAAACCUGGCAGAAGCCGUCUUAACCAAGUCAAAGUCAAUACCCAAUGAAGCAUGACAUGACUCCUAUGACAUGAUGCACUGAGAAGGACACAACUCCAUUUCUGUGAUAUUCUUGCCAAAAAUGUGUAACCUCAAUCCAAUUACAAAAAAAAUGCCAUAAUUUUCUCAUAAGACACAUCCAAACUGAAGAACAUAACUGGUCAAUAUUAUUAGAAAAUACAAGAAUUAUGAAUGACAACACUGAGGGACCAUUCCAGAUUUCAGGAGACCAGGGAGAAUUAACAACAUUGUGAGAUCUGGGUUGGAUUUUUUGGGGGGGGCUGGGGAUUGGACUAGGGCCCCAUGCAUGCCAAGCAAGCACUCUACCACUGAGCUACAUUCCCAGCUCCUUCUGGAUUGGAUCCUGAAACCAAUAAAGGACAUUAGUGGAAACACUGGUGAGAUUCAAAUAAAGAGUGUAGUUUAUUCAGUAAAUGAGUGUUUUUUGUUUUUGAUUAUUGCACUAAGAUUCAGUGUCUGGUGAGCACUUUCUGCAUUUGGAAGGUGUCACCAUUAGGAGAAGCUGGGAAAGGGGAAAUGUGGAAACCCUAAUAUUUUUUGCAACUUUUCUAUAAACCUAAAGUUAAUUCAGAAUACGGGUCUUUUUAAUUUUUUUAACAUUUAUUUUUUAGUUGUAGUUGGACAUA